CACUCUCUCUCUCUCUCACACACACACACACACUUUUAUACACUCACUCAAAGAUCACAAAUCUUUGUGUGUGUGUGAGAAAGAGAGCGUGUGUGUGUGUGUAUGAGUGUGUGUGAUAGCAAAUGAGAGUGUGUGUGUGUUGCUCAGCGACGCUCAUCAGACUUAAAGCGUUUCAGUUCAGGGUCUCAGACACAAGUGUGUGUGUGUGUGUGUGUGUGUCAUAUUAGCGUGAGUGUGAUGCAGGGUCCAGGGGUCAGAGGUCAGUGAGUCUCAGUCAAACAUACUGUCUUUCUUCAAAAGUUAGAAAGACGAGAGAAACACAAAAUCUCAUAAUGCACAAAAGAUAUUAAAGUAGCCUUGAUUUCUAAUAUUUCAGGUUCUGUUUUCAGCUGCUUUCACACGUUUACAACUUUGCCUCCUUUAAUCAAGACUUUACACACAACUGAGCUGUUUCUACACUGAUGAUAAUCAGAAAUGAUCAGUAAAUCAGUGUAUUCUUCUGAUUCCUGGAGAUCAUGUGACUCUGAAGACUGGAGAAAUGAUGCUGAAAAUCACAGAAAUAAAUCACACUUUAACACAGAAGACAUCUGAUCUACUUUAGAAUAAUAUUUCUGUUUUUCUGUGUUUUUGAUCAGAUCACGUCUCCGGGGCCGCCGGAGGUUGAAGGGCCCGUGACCUGCGCUCAUUUCCAGGGAAACUCUCAUCUGACGUGGAACUAUUGCGUCGGAGUCUCGCAGGAGGAAAUAGUUCCCGAGCGCCGCCCGUUUCCAGGGGGAACUUUUAUAGGGGGCGGACCCCGAGAGGGUCAGAGGUCACGCCAGUCUGUGACUGUGAAGAAUGACGAGCUAUAAACGAUUAAAUGAAGCGCUUACAGUCGUCAGUCUGUGAGGAGCGAGGUGUGACGUCUGAGGGCCGGGGCGUCGCUCGCGGCAACCUGUCGCUAUGUGUGACGUCACAGAGAUGCUCCUUAAAGGGCCGGCGCGGCACCCGCUCCGCCAGAGACCCGUCCUGAAGCGUACAGGACAGAAGCGUGACAGUGACGUGACCCAGCGCUGGACCCAUCUCGAUCUUCUCACAAGCUCUCUUUAGUGACAAGGAUGGUUUCUUCAUCUCUUCUUCUGCUCAUCAUCAUCGCCGUGGCAACGCAGGUAGAGGGACGGCCGUCACCGCGGCGACCAGACGCUCAGGUUCUGCAGGAUCUGUUCGGGCCGAGGAUCAGCUCUCUACUGUUGGCUCAUCCAGAGGUCAGCGAGGGGUCAGCAGACGAGGCUCCGCCCCCGUCCCGUGUGUUCCUGGAGGUCCUGGGCCGUCACAGGAAGCUGCAGGGCCGGAGCAGGAAGGGCGUGGGCCGGGGCUGCUUCGGGAUGAAGAUGGACCGCAUCGGGAUCAUCAGCGGACUGGGAUGCUGACAGGAGAUCAGCUCUGACCAGACACUGACCGGCUGCAGCGGCUAAACCUGGCCCUUUCUGCAGGACACUUCACAUGUUUGUCUUUUUAAGACGCUGAGGCGUUCUCAGCAGUGUGUGUGUGUGUGUGUGUGUGUGAGUGUGUGAGUGUGUGUGUCUGUGUGUGUAUGUGUCUGUGUGUGUGUCUGUGUGUGUCUGUGUGUGUGUGUGUGUGUGUAUGUGUG